UCCAGCUGCUGUGCGCGUGAGUGUGUGCGAGGACAUGGAUACAGCUGGCGUUUACCACUGAAACCGAUCACUUUACAGUGCUGCCGUGACACUGAGGCACUUCCGAGAGCGACAAAACUUCUUCCACAGCCGCACUCAUGUGAUUUUCCCUUUCUUCGAGCCAUGUCCAAGACCCUGAAGAAGAAGAAGAACCACUGGACAAACAAAGUCCACGAGAGUGUCCUUUGCAGGAAUGAGGAGGGGGAACUGGGGCUGGAGUUGAAGGGCGGCGCAGAGAAUGGACAGUUCCCGGUUAUCGGCGAGCUUCUCCCGGGCGGAGCGGUCUGCCAUAGCGGCAAACUCUUCCAGGAUGAACUCCUGCUGGAAGUCAAUGAUACCCCUGUGGCUGGACUCACCACCAGGGACGUCCAUGCUGUGGUCAAGCACAGCAAAGACCCCCUCCGACUCAAGUGUGUCAAACAAGGGGGCGUGAUAGACAAGGACCUGCGCCACUACCUCAACCUGCGUUUCCAGAAAGGCUCAGUGGACCACGAGCUGCAGCAGAUCAUCCGGGACAACCUCUACCUCCGCACCGUCCCCUGCACAACCAGGCAGCCCAAGGAAGGAGAGGUCCCGGGGGUGGAUUAUAAUUUCGUGACCAUUGACCGGUUUAUGGAACUGGAGAAAAGUGGAGCCCUGCUAGAGAGUGGAACAUAUGAAGAUAACUUUUACGGCACCCCAAAGCCUCCGGCUGAGCCCAGCGCUCUGCUGCUAAAUGUAACGGACCAGCUGCUCCCGGGCGCCAGACCCAGCUCAGAGGGCAAGAGGAAACGCAACAAGUCAGUCAGCAACAUGGAAAAAGCCAGCAUCGAGCCCCCCGAGGAGGAGGAGGAGGAGAGACCCAUUGUCAAUGGCAACGGUGUUGCUGUCACCCCAGAAUCAAGUGAACAUGAGGACAAGAGCACAGAUGCUUCAGGGGACGUCGGCCCGCAGAUCAACCCAGCAGAGGCCCCGAGCGAGGUACCCAAAGAUGAUGGACAGAUUCCGAAGAUGGCAGUGCCCAAACCAGAUGAGAACGAUGAGCUAGGGCCGCUGCCAGACAACUGGGAGAUGGCAUACACUGAGAAAGGAGAAGUCUACUUCAUAGACCACAACACUAAGACAACAUCGUGGCUGGACCCGAGGCUAGCCAAGAAAGCAAAGCCGCCCGAGGAAUGCAAAGAGGAUGAGCUUCCGUACGGCUGGGAGAAAAUCGAUGACCCCAUUUACGGCAGCUACUAUGUCGAUCAUAUAAAUAGAAGGACCCAGUUUGAGAACCCAGUCCUGGAAGCUAAAAGGAGACUCCAGCAGCAGCAGAUGCAAAGCCAGGGCCUGUCCUCGCUGCCCCUUCCCACCAUCUACAGAGUGGAGGAUGCCAGCCCCUGUGCCACCCUCCCCAGAUCCCCCCACGUCCAGGUCGGCCCGGUGCCCGAGCGCUGCCAUAGCCUCAGCGACCUCUCCCGCUCGCCAGCUCUGGGCUGCAGGACUGCUUCGUAUACCAAAUCCUCCUCUGCCGAUGUCUCCCCGCUCCGGCGUGUUCUGACUCGGCGGAUGAAUAUGUGCCCCAAUCACAGGCAGAAACAGCGGCCUCUUCACACAUCCGCCUGUGCUGUAGUGCUAGAGCAGCCAGUCUGUAGCCCCUACUCCCUGUGGCACUUUGUCAAGAAGCCGCUGUUCACGCGGGACCCCACCCAGCUGAAAGGCAGUUUCUUGUCCACAUCACUCCAAAAGAGCAACAUGGGUUUUGGCUUCACUAUCAUUGGAGGGGAUGAGCCCGAUGAAUUCCUCCAGGUCAAAAGCGUUAUCCCCGAUGGGCCCGCCGCAGCAGAUGCAAAGAUGGCUACAGGUGAUGUUAUUGUCUACAUCAACGAUGUGUGCGUCCUGGGUACCACCCAUGCUGAUGUGGUGAAACUCUUCCAGUCUGUACCUAUUGGCCAAAGCGUGACUCUCGUAUUAUGUCGCGGUUAUCCUUUGCCGUAUGAGCCAGAAGAAGCUGCCAACACCAACAACAACACCACCACCAUCAUCUCCCCACUGGGCAUCAUGGAGCAGCGGCCCAUUAUGGUGAACGGCAGGACGGGCUACGAUAACUACCUAGAUUAUCUCACCCGCACGGCACGCUUUGUUACAGACCCCAGUCAGGACCCGGUCAGCGCCCAGCAGCAGCUGCUCACUGGUCACCCAGCGGACACCCACUUAGAUGGCUCGCUUCCUCCCACCACGGGUACUACGCCACCAGACAGCGUCUCUAUGGCAUCAUCGGGCGCGACCCAGGGAGAGCUACUAACCCUGACCAUGGUGAAGGGCGUGGAUGGGUUUGGCUUCACGAUUGCAGACAGCGCCACAGGUCAGCGUGUUAAACAAGUCCUGGAGCCUCAGGGCUGCCCGGGCCUGUGCGAGGGCGACUUAAUUGUGGAGAUUAACAAGCAGCCCGUGCAGGGAUUCGGUCACACACAGGUGGUGGAGCUGCUCAAGGAGUGCCCUGUGGGAGCUGAGACCUGCCUCUUGGUUCAGAGAGGUGGAACAGGUCACUAUUCACCCUGGAAGACCCCUAAGCAGGUGCUGGAGCAGUGGGAGUCCCAGCAGGGCCAGAGCAGCCCUGCUCAGACCAGCCUGUCGGCUCCUGUUAUCCCCCACAGCGCCCCCUUCCCAACACACCAUCUUCACAGGGCCUCGGUCCCUGAGUCUGCCUCCGAGGCCUUGGCCCUGGCAAAGCCAGACCCAUAUGACCUUUAUGAGAAGUCCAGGGCUAUCUUUGAGAGUAGGCAUCCUGGGCAGCCAAGGACUGUUUUCCCUCUGGACUCUUCAGGAGGAGAGUACCAGGACAUCGAGGUCCACCUGCGCCGACAGAAGUCCGGGUUCGGUUUCCGGGUGCUGGGCGGGGAUGAGGCGGGGCAGCCUGUGAGUCCGGAGACGCGUGAGAAGAUUCUCAUCGGGGCGAUCAUCGAGAAGAGUCCAGCGGAUCUAGAUGGGCGCCUGCGGCCCGGCGAUGAGCUGCUGUUUGUUGAUGGAAUCCCAGUGGUGGGGAAGCCACACAGAUAUGUCAUUGACCUGAUGCACGGGGCAGCACGUACCGGCCAGGUGAAUCUGGUUAUCAGGAGGAGGGUUCAGGCGGCAGGCGAGUCUUGUCCAGAAAACGGCCGCAGCCCAGGUUCUGUCUCCACGCAGCACAGCUCCCCACGUAGUGACUUCACGUAUGGCAACAGCACCAGCACACCCCAGGCUCCCAACGCUGGCAUGGGCAACACCGGUGCUACUUCAGACGGGAUCUCGAACACACAACCAAGCGAUGUCAUAAUCAGCCGAAAGGAGAGCGAGGGCUUCGGUUUCGUCAUCAUCAGCUCGCUCAACCGGCCUGAGGCGGCCACAACUAACACUGUGCCCCACAAAAUUGGCCGCAUCAUCGAGGGCAGCCCGGCAGACCGCUGCGGGAAGCUGAAGGUGGGAGACAGGAUACUGGCGGUGAACAACCAGUCCAUCGUCAACAUGCCGCACGCUGACAUCGUUAAGCUGAUCAAAGAUGCAGGCCUUAGUGUCACCCUGAGGAUCAUACCACAGGAAGAGGUGAGCAAUCCUCCAUCAGCCCCCAGCUCGGAGAAGCAGAGCCCCAUGGCUCACCAGCACAGCCCUAAGGCCCAGCUAAACACUGCAGCCUCCCUGUCUAACCAAGCAGUGACAGAACCGAGCCCCUCUGCCAGCCAGCCCAACCCCAUGCCCCACCAGAGCCCUGUGACUCAGCUUCCUGCCCCGACACCUCAGACCUACACCCACGAGAGCAGUUACAGGUCUGAGGUGAAGGCGAGGCAAGAUGUUAAACCAGACAUCCGACAGCCACCAUUCACAGACUACCGACAGCCGCCGGUGGACUACCGGCACCCUCCCGUGGCAGACUACCGGCAGCCGCCCACGUUGGAUUACAGACACCCGCCUCUGCUGGACUAUCGACAGCUAGCCACAGAUGCUAGACAAUUUGCCAUCCCAGAGUACCGAAUGCCACCAGUUCAACUUACACAGGACUUCGACUUCUUCACAGUGGAGCUGGAGAAGAGCGUGAAGGGCUUCGGUUUUAGCAUCCGUGGAGGGCGGGAGUACAAAAUGGACCUCUUUGUCCUACGACUCGCAGAGGACGGGCCGGCCAUUCGCAACGGGAGGAUGAGGGUUGGGGACCAGAUCAUUGAGAUCAAUGGAGAGAGCACUCGGGACAUGACCCAUGCUAGGGCUAUCGAGCUCAUCAAGUCUGGGGGCAGGCGGGUUCGUCUCCUCCUAAAGAGAGGUACAGGGCAGGUCCCAGAGUACGACAAUGCCGCCCCAUGGGAUGGUCGCCCUUCAGCCUCCCCAAGCCUGUCGGAAAUAGCCCCUCCCAUCGAAAGCCUUUCCAUGUCAUCGCCUUCAUCUCAUCUAGCCCCAGCCCCCGACCUUCCUCAUCUGCCACCUCAGGAUGUCCAUCGAGACCCGGUGGCACGAGACAGCAGGACGGAGCAUUCGAAGAGCCCCCAGAAAGCCGAGCUGCUAAACCCAGACCCAAUCGGCCACGCGAGGAGAGCGGCUGCGACCAGCGGGAGCAGCAGAGCUAAGAAGGAGGGUGGCAGGUCCACCCACAAGGGCCUCAGGAUGCAGCCAACUCCUGAUGGGGAAGGGGGCAAGGACGGGCAGAGCGGAGAGCCUAAACCUUCCAGAAGCAACAGAGGAAGGUCCAAGGAGAGAAAUACUAGGGACAAUAGAGAGUCCACUCACUCUCCUAGCAGCUCUAAGCUCCCACACAUUAACGGGAACAGCAGGGAAGAUGUAGAGCGCUGGAGUGGAGCAAAGCAGGGGGAGCUGGAGCAGAGCAAGCCAAGGCCCAGGGAACUAGAAAGGGGCCAGGGAGAGAGCUGGCCUAGCCUACCCAACAAGAGCACCAGCAGCAGCAGCAUCGCAGCGGGGAGGAAGGCCACAGUCUCUCCUGGACCUUGGAAGAUCCCUGGAUCAGACAAGCUGCCCAGCACCCUGCGCACAGGCACGUCCACUCUGAGCAGAUAACCCCGCAGCUUCAGCAGAAAGCAGUGGCCACACUCAUCUGAACUAAACCACCCCAUCUGGAUGAAAGUACCAUUCUCACUCCCUCCUGUGCUCCUGCAUCCCCUCAUCGACCUGUUCUCCCAUACAGUCAAAACCAAGAGGAGGGGGGCAGGGUGAUCUGGACCACGUGUUUUUAAAGUUUUAUUUAUGGAACUGUAUUUUAAAUUAUUUUGGAGAAACAUAUUUUACACCUACCACCUUAAGAACUGGAAAAUCAUCCAAGUUAACACACACACACACAAAAGAAGAGCAAAUAGAGUCUUUGUGUAGCGUGGUGGGAAUCAUUUGUGGAGUAAAUGAAUUUUAAAGACCUCUAUUUUGCUGAACUGAGGGGGGGGGUGCAAACAUGCAAAUAUAAACAACAUAGCAGGAAGUAAAUGUCGGAUGGAUUUUUUUAUAUAUAUCUACACAGUGGAGUCUAUUUUAUGAAAAGGAAUGUUUAACGGAUGUUUUUGAGGAGAGUGAAUGGAUCAAAGAGCGACCGCAGAAAUAAAAUCGACUCAUCAGUAGAAACUUUGCCUUAACAGAGACUGUAUUGGGCCUGAACCUGUCUUGAAUAAUCUAUCAGAUGGUUAUAGACAUAGAUAUAUUAUAACGAAUAUGAAUAUGUGGGAACAUUUUGUAAAUAAGAUCAUCUUUAAGUGAACAUAUAGAAAUUCUAGUCUACAAAUGAGCGAAGCAGCACGACGUGCCCCGGAUCUUUAGGUAGCUCCUUGCUCCUGCACACUCCUGUUCCGCCCUGCGAUCACAGGUCUGGGUCUCAGCAAGCCUGCUGCGAUCGACUGCACGGCCUGUUUGAAUCACUCGGGCUUCAGUGGGAGUGUCUCUUCAAUCUAUUUUCCUUUCUUCUGUGCUUAACGAUCAAAGCAAUCUGCGACAGCGGUGUCCUGUCGGACACUGAGAGAAGGAGCUUGCGUGAUACCAACGAAGGGGCAGAGUGCCUUAGACUGAGGACAAAAGGUUCAACCGUGAAAAUACUGCAGAGGGUUCAACAGAGGCUGCUAUACAACACCCACUCUACAGAUAUAAAUAUAAACUGCAUUUCUUUAGUGUGACACGGUGAAAUAUAUAAUUUAUUUCACAAGCUUAUGUAUGAAAAUGAGUCCAUUAGCGGAGGUAUCCACGGUCCCUUUUUAUUUGUGGUUCAUCUCGGGUCAUGAUGCUUUUCAUUACUGAUUUCUUAAUGAGGUCUGACACCAGUAAUUUCCAUGAAGAAUUGCUUAUAUGAGAUUGUGUAAUCAAACGUCGCCACAUGGCAGACAGAGCUUUGCACCCUAAACCAAACCAAAUUAAUAAAAUCUGAUAUUAAUUCAGUAGAGAAUCAAUCUCACCUUCUCAGAAGCUCGCUUGCGUAACAAUCUGCAUCUCGAAGGAAGGACUGAAUGCUCAUGUGAACGUGACACUUUGUCAGCUGCUGAAUUAAAUUUCUUUUAAGAGAUUCUGUCUACACUGUGUGAUAUUGAGACAUAUAUAUCCAUGCCAAAGCUCUUUUGAGGGUUCCUGUUUUUUUUUUUUUUUUUUUAAGCAUUCCUGCCCAAGAAUCUGACUGACUUUGAAGGCAACGCUUGUAUUUCUAUACAUCAAGCUCGUAACUAGCUAAGCCCUGCCGCCUUUGGUAACUGCCACAGUUCCUGUCAAGCUUUCUAUUCUUGCACAAUGUUUGAUAAAACGGUGACGCUAAGACUUCAAACGGCGCGUUCUUGAUUACAGGCAGAGGUACUUGAAAGCAGCUUGACAUUUAAUGUCACAGGAGGGAAAGAUUUUUAGGAUGAAGACUGUCAGGUGAAGUUGGACAAAAUGUCUCAUCUGUCUCAGAUAGCAUUGCCUGAGGUUGCUGGAACAUAAACUACACAAAAGUACAAAAGUUACGCUGAUACUAAUAAAGAGCGUUGGGGAAACUUGAUUGAAUUAGUAAUUUUACAAAACAAACCUGUAAAAAGACAGAAGAGGUAACCUAGUAACCUUUGCAGCGUGCAAAGCUGCUCCUUUAUGUUUGCUGACUGUCUCGGUUUUCAUAUAAGGUGCAAUGAUGAGUAAGAAAAGAAUAAAAUUUGAUAAAAGUCAGUUCUUUUUUUUUUUUUUACACAGUAUUAAUAUUACUAAAAUGUUUCAAAAGAAAAAGCUACUGCACUGAGGUCAAAUAUGCAUAUGCGUGUGUAAAAAGCUGUUUGCUAGCCUGUUAGCCACAACAGCAUUAAAGUCAUAAUACCAGUAUGUCAGUGUUAUGUUCAGAUAGCUGCACACUCAUAAAGUGGCCAGAAAAAAAUGUACUGGAGUCUAAAAAUAAGCAACGGUAGCUGGUAUUCAGUAGAUUACAGUAAAAAAAAAAAAAGCUAAAAAAGUCCCCUCUUUCCUUUUGACAAUAAAAACAUCUUGGUUUAUUUCCAGACUGCAAUAAAUUCCCAUUUUAAAUUGUGCAUGCAUAAAAGUGUCAUCCACACUUUUAUAGUCUGGAGAGGUGUUCAGUGUGGGUCUUAAAUGUGAGCCUAGUGCGCCGCCAAAGCCGUCGCUGUUUAUAACAAUCAACAGUUCAGUUUUAUUUUUCAUUUUAAGUUAUAACUAAAGUAGGACUAACGUUAAUCCUAAUCUUGAGUUAAUAAAUUAAUAAAAUCUCCAGAUACCUCCAUCAAAAUAUUCAGAAAAGACCUUUGAAUUAAAAACUCGGUAAUACUAAAUGAAACCGAAAAGCCCUACAAAAUAACCAAAAUCCCUGUGAUCAACCCACAGACUGACAGAAAAAUGGGUGGGACUAUUUCAUUGCAUUUAUGGAACAUUUAUUUGUAGUUUCUGUAGUGAAAAACCCUCAUGUAAUUGGAUUACAUGAAUCACUGCAUCAAAACAAAUGUUCAACUGCCAACAAGCUAUAAUAAUAAAAUAAUGUUAAAAAUACUAAUUUAGUUACAUGUAGUUCUCUGUUCCCCAACACUGUAAGUCACCCUGCAAAGGAUUACAGAUAAAGCAUUAAUUCCUUUUGCUAUUGUUUUUAGUUUUGAGGCUAAAUAACUGCACCGAGAUAUCACCCACCCUUAAACGUGCCAAACAGUAAGCACACCACACUCUGCAUGAAUCCAAAGCUUGACAGGGCUGCAGUGCAUUCUUUGAGUCACUGAAUGGCUGUUGAAUGGGAGGAAUCUAGCAAACUGUUAAUUUUGAGUAUUUUUCUCUGAAUGAGAAUCAAAGAGCCUAAGAAAAAAACAAAAAACCUCCUUUCCUUCUUCUGCUGAGGGACAUACUGAUAGUGUUUGAGUGAGCAGAGGGACACAAGUCAUUAUGUUUGCCGUUGUAAUCCGUAAUUACACACGCACUAAGCAGACUGACUUAAAAACACAAUCCAACACAGAGGGUUUGAAAUGGGAGGAAUGGAGGAAUCACCAGCCGGGAGCAAACAAUUGAGCUUUUUCAGUCACUUGUAAAAUGCCUCAGUUACACACCGUCACAUCACACCCAUUUAGUUGGACUACUCCUUUAUUUUGUGACUUCAGAUUUGAGCAGAAGCAGGGAAACGUGUGUCUUUUUUUGCUCUGCCUUUGCACAAAUCACUGCUUUCCACAUCUGAGCUGUCUCCAUCGAGUCAAACUGUAAGUAGUUUUCUAGGGAAAUUUAAAAAAGAAAAAAAAAACCUAGGGGUGUGUUAAAGUGUGUGUUUGAGAACAACAAAGACACGCUUUCGCACCACAAUAUAAACCCCGACAACCUGAGCGGCUCGGUAUCACUGUGUAGUGUAAUAGCAGUGUGUAGACCCUGAACAAAUAUCUCUAUAAAUAUGACUCGGUGUACUAUUGAUGGUCACAAAGACUGUAAGUGGAGCAACUAUUUUUAUGAAAUGCAACACUAUGAAUAUAUUAACUUUUGCAAAAAUCUUGUUUACCUGUAUGAUAUUCUGAAACGCUGUCAAAAUAAACUAAACUCUUGACACAA